AUGGACGAGGACCCAGAAACCACCAUCCCAAAACUCACCUCCCAACUAACCACCACCCCCAAAGCCUUCCCAACCUGCUGCCUCUCCAUCUCCAACCCCCUCCUUGAGACCCUCACAAGCCUCCUCCCCAAGAAACCAAACUACACCGUCUCAAUCGGUAGCGGCAGCGGCCUCCUCGAAGCCCUCCUAACGCACACCAACGCCUCCCUUCAAAUCGAAGGCGUCGAGGUAAACCCCACCGUGAACCGCUACAUCGCCGAGCAAGACAUGCACAUCGUCGCGGGCACCUGGGAUCUGCUGUCCUCGCGCGUGCCCGGCGCAAAGGCGUGGAUGUUUGUCUACCCGCGGGAGCCGAAGUUGGUGGACAAGUAUAUUGAGGCUUUUGGGGAGGGGGCGGUGGAGGUGAUUUUGUGGUUGGGGCCGAGGGCGGAUUGGGGGGAUUAUGUGGGGUGCUUUGAUGGGAGGGGGUUUGGGGUUGAGAGGGUUGUUGGUGUUGAAGGGGGGUUGGAGGGAUUUGAGAUGCUGGGGGUUAUUAGGCGGGUGGGUUCUGUUUAG